AUGAGUAGUCCGGAACAGACGGAAUCGAAUAGUUUUAAUUCCGAUGUGCCAGUGGAUGCGAAAAGAGAGAAAGAUGAUUCAACAACUGAUGAGAAAACAGAAAGUUCUAAACAGGCAGUUAUACCAACUUCAAGACAAGUGGGUGAUAGUUCAAGCGAAAUUUUACGGUCAAAUCAAAGCAGCAGUCUAACAGAAAGUGAUCUACGCACCACCAGCAGCAAUGCAGCAACUGUCAGUUUCACUGAAAGUGAACGGACUAGCCGAUCGAGUAGUUUUGAGGGGGAUAAAGAUGAUGACAGCAGUGAUGCUGAUAACACAAGUUCAACUGACUCAGAGGAUGACGAUGAUGAUGAUGAUGGUGAUGAUGAAGAGUCGGAUAAAACAAGUCAAAUGGCUGAUUUUUCUGGUCAAGGCUUUAAUAUGGUGCCAUCGAUAAUAUUUCAUAGAACUACAAUCACUAAAUUAAAUUUAUCCAAUAAUAGCCUAAGCUUUUUACCCUCUGAAAUCUGUGUCAUGAUCAAUCUGCGUUAUUUGGAUAUAAGUCAUAACAAUCUUCGAGGUUAUUCACAAGUGCCUGGAAUGAGUUCGACUGGUGUCUUCCAGAUGAAAAGUGGAGGCGAUAAAGUACAACUCAGUGGGGGUAAAUCCAUCUCUGCAAAUAAAUCCCAUGUACAAUCAGUUAACAGCAGUAAUAACAGUAAUAAUAAUAUCGAUGAUAAAACAGAAAGUACACAAUUUCCAAGAGAUAUGAAUCGUCUUGUUAACUUGAAAACUUUAAAAAUGUCCUCCUGUGAAUUAAAAGUUAUUCCAAAGAUUAUUUUUCAACUUACAAGUUUAACGAAACUGGAUUUAAGUGACAAUUGGGCAACUGAACUUCCUGCUAUGAUUGGAAACCUUGUGGAACUGCGUUACUUACUGAUAAAACGCAUGGGACUUAACACCUUUCCAAUACAGAUUAUCAAUUGUUCUAAGCUGCAUACAAUUAACGCCUACGGAAAUGAGAUCACAUCACUUCCUGAAGAAUUCUCUAGACUUCAUAAAUUGAAAACGUUGCAUCUGGAUUAUCGCCAUUUUGUGAAAGGUUUGAUUAAAGCAAGAAAAUCUUCAAAAAUUAAAAUGGUCAGCUUUACUGAAUUCUCUGACGAAGCCACACUUAACACCACCACUACCACGACAUCUGAAUUGGAUAAUCCAAGAAAAUCUAUCGAGGAAAGUUCUGCUUCGAUUGCUGAGCGUAUUGAUACACUGCUUCGUUCAGGUCAAAUGAAAUCUUAUCAUAUACCUUCAGUUAUAUUUAAACUACGUAGACUACAGGUAUUACACUUAGAUCGUUGUCAGUUAAAUUUCCUCCCAGAGAAUUUGGCACAAAUGAAGGGCAUUUGUGAACUUCAUUUAUCGAAGAAUUAUUUCAAAGAAAUUCCAUGUGGAUUAUUCACACUGGGUAAUACACUUGAGUACCUGGAUUUAUCAUACAACCAGUUAGACAAAGUAAAUGGAUCAGUUGUGCUGCCAGACAAUUUCGGUUGUAAAUUUAUCGUUCUAAAAACACUGAAAUUAUCUUCAAUGAAUUUGACCAGUAUAAGAAAUGGAGUGUUAUGUGGGAUGACUAAAUUGAAACUGUUAGAUCUCAGCUAUAAUAAGAUAAGCCAAAUACCUGAAGAUAUCUCUGGCUUAGUCAGUUUGAAAGAUUUCUAUCUGAGUGAGAAUAAGCUCACUUCACUACCAGAUACAAUUUGUCAACUGAAAGAAUUGACAACACUAGAUUUAAGCUUCAAUCAGUUGAAUAGUUUACCAGAGAAUUUCUACCUAUUGAAAAAUCUUCAAGCAUCACAUCAAUAUGAUGGAUUGAACAAAUGCGGUUUAUGGCUUCAGGGGAAUCCUUUAAAUUGCCUACCGCAUAGUGUAUGGAAAACAACAUAUACUAAAAACUUGUGGAAAUAUUUAGAGGAUCAAUGGUUGAAAAAGUUAUCCAAAAAUACUGAACCAACCAAGAUAAUAGUUAUCGGGCAUAAAUUCUCCGGAAAAUCAAUACUAAUCAAACACCUCAUCAAUGAAUGUUCAGGCGAAUCAAAUCAACAAAUAAAUGUAACUUCACAAUUGAACGAAAUCUCACUGAAUAACGGUGAUGAAUGCAUGCUGAACAAGAAUAUUACAAAUUAUGUCAACUUACCACUGGAAACAUCACCAAUACUGAUUAAUCAUUGUACUUCACCGAAUGGAUAUGGCAUAGUAUUUUAUGAAAUCAAUUUACCUCCAGGAUGUAGUGAAGAUCAUGUGCCUUCUUCAUCGUGUUAUUCCGAUUCUGGUUUAGAAUUAAUUCUACCGCAUAUUUUAGAUCCCCGCAGCUUUUUUAUUUUAGUCUUUAAUAUUAAUUUAUUGUGUAAAGCAGACACGUUGUCAGAAUCAUCAAGUAUGCAGGAAAGUGUAUUCGAUAACGCCAUUUGGUCAUAUUUACUCAUGCUACGAAUGUAUGCACCAGGAUCUGUUGUCAAGUUAGUGGGAACAAGUGUAGAUGAAAUCGAUAUCAAUAAUAAUAAUAAUAAUGCGGAUCGUUUUAUUCAUUCCAUUCUGUCAGCUUCAUUGAACGGCGACAGUUUCAUUGCUAAACAAGAAAAUAUAUCAAAACUGCCGAAAUCAACAAAUUUACUGACGAAUAUUCCAUUCAGCCAGUCUGAUGAGACCAGACAAAAUAACAAAUAUGAUUUGAGCAAUCUACUUCAAUGGUAUGUACACAGUAGAAUUACUCUCUUAUCAGAUAGCUUCAAAUUUCUUAAUUCACCUGUUUUCUACAAACAUGAAGAAGAGCCCUGCUCAAUCACAGUCCUCGAGAAUGUCUCGUUUCUAAACUUAUCUAAGUCACAAUCAAAAAACGCGAAAACUGCUAAACCACUAAAAAAUAGUAAACCAACUUAUUCAUUUGUCUACACGAGUAUAGACGAUUUUUGGAAUGAAAUUGAACAUCGAAUAAGCUUCAACAGUCAGUCGCUGAAUAAAAGUAGUCACAUUUCAAAAUCAUGGCUGUCUUUAAGCGCCUACAUUCACGAUAAACUGAAAUCAUCUUUCAUGGUGGAAAUUGAUGUACAAUCAAGGGAGAAUAUUGACACCUCUACAUCACCUGAUGUUGACAAUAAUCAGCUUGUUUUAAACAAGACAUUUUUUGAUGAAAUGUUUAUUGAUAACAUUGAAGAUUGUUUAAACUACUUUCAUACAACUGGUCAAUUACUGUAUUUUUCAAAACAUAAAUAUUUGAAAAAUUAUUUAAUUCUACGACCAGGAGUAUUUUUCUCUAUGAUAAAUGGGAUUUUAAAUCCACAUAGAAUAGCUUCAGUGUAUUAUGACGACGGCGAUGUGAAUGACAGCAAAGAAAAUUGUCAAUAUCAUCAUAGAUGGUAUUUACGUGCACUGACCGGGUAUACAGAUGAUAGUUUAACAGAUUACUUCAGUACAUGGAAUCAUCAUAAAUCUUUCCCAUAUCAGAUGAUAAGAUGUCUACUUCCACCGUUCGCCUUGCGUAGAAGUCAUCUCGUCAACCAAAUGAAUAAAAAUCAGCAACAACGAUCACUUCAACAUAGACAUAUGACUACAAGUAAACGAAGUCGUCAUUUAGAAGUGCCUUCAUCCCACCACACAGUGGAAACAAGAAUAAGAUCGGGAAAUACAUCAAAAUCUGCAAAAGGGGAGUUAAAACAAAUCGGAAGUCAAACGAAUAAUUUUGAAUUAUCAAUCAGUUCAAUAAGUCCACUGAAUGUUGCAACGCGUAAGGUAUUACUGCUGACGGAAUUAUUAGAGGCUGGCUUUCUAAUGAAUGAGAAGUGCACAAUUAAUUAUGAUUUAGAGAAAAUACAACCCAAUGAAAUGAAACCAUUUGUCGUAUUUCCUUGCCUGUUCUUUAACAAUCAGUCACUGAAAAUUUCAUCCACUUGUUCAUUGCAAUCUCUUAAUUCAGAAUGCAAAGCUAACGACGACAAAGAAGAAUUCGUGCAAGAAAUAUGGUUUCCUUUGGGAAGACCUAUGGGUUAUUUCAACCGACUGACGGUGUGUUUGUCUAAAAUACUAUCUGGUCAGAUGAAAUUCGAUAAUUUCAGUAAUUCCGCUUCAUGUUUAAAAUAUGUCGAAAAGGUUGCAUCAGAUAAAUCAAUUACCAAGCAUAACACAUUCAUAGUUGAACACGACUGCUUUGAUAUCAGACUGGAAGAAAUAACAGUUGAUGGCAGUGUAUUCGACAUGUCACAGUGUCACUGUCUACAUGGAAUUCGAUGUUUUUAUAGAGUGGAAUGCGAACAACAUCUCUGUGAGUCGUCAGAACCAAAAGAAAUUAAUUUCGAUCCAGUUGCAUGGUUUACUGACACAUGUAUCGAGUUGAAUAAUGAGAUACCAGGAUUGUAUUGGUUUUGGUCCAAGUAA